AUGCAUCAAUUCAGCAGCUACAAUGCUGCAAGUCUCCUCACUCUCUUCCUCGGCGCGAGAGUCGCCGCAGAGUCCACCUGGCCCCAGCAGACCUUCCGCAGUACCUCUAUCCAAGCGCCAUAUCUGAACGUCACCAAGAAUGGCAAAACAGAACUAGGCAACCUCUUCUUCUCUCCAUCCUCCUCGAGCAUGGAAUGGAGCUACCCAGCCAUAUACUCCGACGACGGUCAGCUUGUAUGGCAAGGCCCCAAUGCCAACACCUCCGCCUACCAGCCCCAAAUGCUAGACGGCGAACCCGUCCUCGCCUACUGGCAGGGCGCCAACUACCUAGGCUAUGGCUUUGGGGCAAUCAGCAUCCUCAACGCCUCCUACCAGGAGAUCCACCGCAUAACACUCCCCGGGACCGACCAACACUUCGUCACCACCGCCGACCCGGAAACCUUCCCCUCCUACAUCGACAUCCACGAGAGUCAAAUCACCUCAGACGGCACGAUCCUCGUAACAGCCGUGAACGUCACCCAAUUCGACCUCUCCCCCAUCGGCGGCCCCAAAGACGGCUGGGUCCAAGACGGGCUCUUCUACGAAAUCGACAUCAAAACCAACAAAGUCCUCUUCCGGUGGAGCACAGUCGAACACCUGUCCGAGAUCCCCGUAACAAACACCGAACUCCCCCUCCUAGGAUCCGGCACCAGCAAGUCCGAUCCCUACGAAUACCCACACCUCAACUCCGUAGCCAAAUACGGCGACUCCUACCUCCUCUCCUCCCGCUUCAUGUGCAGCAUCUUCCUCCUCGACAAACAUGGCAACGUAACCUGGCACCUUCACGGCCAAAAAGGCGCCUCCUUCACCCUCCUCCCCGGCAGCAGCUUCUGCUACCAACACGACCCACGCUUCAUUAACUACUCCCCGAACGCAACAUCCCUAACACUGCACCUACACAACAACGAAAACGCCAACGUCUUCACCUCCCCCACAACCAUCACCACAGGCCUAACCCUCACCCUCGACAUGCAAAACCAUACCGCAACCGCCGUCCGCAAGCUCUGGAACCCCGACGCCCCCCUCUUCGCCGUAAGCCAGGGCGGCUUCCAGCCUCUUCCGAAUGGACACGUGCUGCUCCAGCACGGCGCGAUGCCGGUGAUCGAGGAAUACGAUGAGAACGGGGCGUUGGUGAUGAACGCGCGGUUUGGAUUCGAUGAGUCGACGCAGUCGUAUCGUGGAUAUCGGUUCCGCGAGUGGGUUGGGAAGCCGACGACGAGGCCGGAGGCGGUGGCGUGUCGGGAGGGUGGCAGUGUGGUGGUUUAUGUGAGUUGGAAUGGGGCGACGGAUGUGAGGGGGUGGAAGGUAAGGAUGGGGAGUGAGUUGGGGGUUGUGGGGGAUGUGAGGGAGAAGAAUGGGUUUGAGACGAGGAUUGUGUUGGAGGGGGUGCAGGGGAGGGAUGGGGAGAAGGUGGUUGUGCAGGCUGUUGGGGGGUCGGGGAUGCUAGAGUAA